GGCACGAUGUUAUUAUGUGGGUAUAUCCGCUUGAGAAUUUUAGUAACUUUAAAAAUCUUAUUUUAGCAUAAUUUCUUACUUUUUAUGUUAAAAAAAUAAUAUUAGUUUCAAAAGUUGAAGGUCAAUGUGAUGCAAAAGUUAAGAAGUUUCCCAUUUUUUCUGGUUGGGAAUAACCGGUCGUAUCUUUCUAAUAAUUGUUUUCAUAUCCAAUCAAAUGCUUUAAAUUAAUGUAAUUCUCAGAAGCUUUUCUACAGAGAUAUUAUUAUGCAAGCAGAUUUCUAGGAAACCAAAACAACAGAUGCUGCAUUCAUAUAAUGUUUAAUUCUCAAGGUUAUUCUAGGAAAGAUUCAAAAGAAUAUUAGUAAACGUAUGAACACAGCCUUUAUCUAUUAAUUCUUUCUUGCUCACACAAGCGGCUGUGAACAAUAUCUUAGUGAGAGUUUUACUUUGGAAAAGUACUUCGCUAGUUACUCAACUUUUUGUGUAUUUGUAGUGACUUUAGUCACAAAAUUUAUUACAUUCAAGCUGGCACCAACAGUACAUGAUUAUAUUUUCUGCUCACCGUUGGGGCAGUAUAAGCCAUGCUGCAAUAGAAUGUUCAAUGAUGUUUCACCUUUAAAAGAAUCACACAGAUCAUACCACUACAGACCCGAAAAAUUAAGCAGUUAUAAAAAGAAUCUUUUUCAACAAAAUAAUACCGAACUUGAUAUGUCUGGAUUUUAUUACAGGGAUAUAUCAACACAAGAAGCAGUAGAAAAACUGAAAGGCUAUGAGCCAGGAAGAUUUUUAGUUCGAGACAGUUCUUCUCAAUCCCAUUAUUACACAGUAACUUAUGUUGACCGAAAAAUGGCAAUAAAAAGCAUAAGAAUUGAAUACAGUUAUGGAAAGUUCUUUUUUGCGGCAAGCUCCAAACCUGUUUGUCAUUCAGAUACAGUUCUUGGGUUAAUUCAAACGUACUGUAGCCAAGGAAAAAUCAGUUCUGAUAAAUUCUUAAAAGCUCCUGUGAGAAAGACUGUUUCCUCAUUGAAACAUUUGUCCAGGGUAUCAUUAAAUAAACAAAAAAACAAAGCUAAAUGUGAUAUUACUUUUGUUCAAGAACAGCUAAGUGUAUACCCUUACUCCCUAUGAUGGCACGAUGUGAUUCACAAAACUCAGUAGACGGUUUAUUUUCCUGUUUCAUUUCCUGUAAUAAGAAAUUUCUUAUUUCAGUUGGCAUUACUCAUCGAGAUAUUCCAAGAAUUCGCUGAAUGAUGGAUUGUGAAGUUUUUGAGACAUUCUUAGAUAAAGCAUACCCCUGAUAAUGAAUAUAUAGUUCCUAUAAUAUAUAUUAUGUGUACCAUUAUGUAUUAUAUAUUUUAUAUUAAAAAUAUUAAAAAUAUUUUUUAUUUGCUUAAAGAGUGAGUGAAUAACAAAGAGAUUUAAAUUACUAGAAGCUUGAAUUUAAUUCUAGUAUUUCGCUUCCUUGUUAAGGUAUAAUGGCAUCACAAAGUAUAUGUAGAUUAUAUACAUAUGUACUAUAUAUAUAUAGUUACUAAUUUAUUUCAAUGAAUUUUUUAGAAUUGUUUUUGCGCUUAUGUUAAUUGUGUAAAUUCUCUAUAUAUAUAUAAAAAGUACAGUCAAGUAUUUAUUGCAUGUUGGGUUAGAAUAAAGAAAUGCCUAUGUUGUA